AUGGAAAUGAUGGAAAAAAGGAUAGAUGGACUUCAAUUGGCUGCAAUUAGCACAACAAGCCAAGCUCCAAAUGCAUGGGGCCAAAAUGAAGAAAGCUUUGAGGCAUACAACAAUGAGCAGCAGCCUGAGCAAAGAUUGCACAAGGAGAUAAAAGAUCAACAAUUUCCCAAGUUCUUAGAGAAUUUCCAGAAAUUGGAGAUCAACAUUUCCCUAGUUGAAGCCUUGGAACAAAUGCCACUUUAUGCAAAGUUUCUCAAAGAAAUCAUCACCAAAAAGAGGAGCUGGAAGGAGAAGAAAAUUGUGAUCCUCACCCAGGAAUGCAGUGCUGUAAUCCAAAAAGGGUUGCCACCCAAACUCAAGGAUCUAGGGAGUUUUCUCAUAUCAUGUACCAUCGGAAACAUGACAAUAGAGAGAGCUCUUUGUGACCUGGGUGCUAGCAUAAAUCUUAUGCCCCUUUCCAUGAUAAAAAAGUUACUCAUAGAGGAGGUGAAGCCCACAAGGAUGUCACUACAACUUGCUGAUAGAUCCCUUAAGACACCUAAUGGAGUGGUAGUAAAUCUAUUGGUGAAAGUUGGAGAGUUCAUUUUCCCUACUGACUUUGUGAUCCUAGAUAUGGAAGAGGAGGGAAGUAACUCAAUUAUCCUGGGAAGACUUUUUCUAGCCACAGCAAGAGCCAUCAUUGAUGUAGAGAAAGGUGAAAUGGUUCUCAGGGUACAUAAUGAGCAAAUGGUCAUCAAUGUCUUCAAGGCAAUGCAAUACCCCCUGAGAAAGAGAACCAUAUGA